AUGUCCAUGCCUUCCAGAAACCACCCCUACAGUUCCUGUAGCUCCUUCAGUCAGCUCCUGCCUGGCCCCUUGGAGCCGCCAUCCACCAAGGGCCUGUACUACCACAGGGUCCGGAAGGUGGAUGCCCUGGACACGUGCCCUGCAGCUGACCUCAAGGAGGAGAUUCUGGUCAACGUGGGGGGCAGGCGGUACCUCCUUCCCUGGAGCACACUGGACGAGUUCCCGCUGAGCCGCCUGAGCAAGCUCAAGUUCUGCCGUAACUACGAGGAGAUCACCCAGCUGUGCGACGAUUAUGAUGAGGGCCGCCAGGAGUUCUUCUUCGACAGGAGCCCCAGUGCCUUUGGGGUGAUCGUGAGCUUCCUGGCGGCCGGGAAGCUGGUCUUGCUGCGAGACAUGUGCGCACUAUCCUUCCGGGAGGAGCUCACCUACUGGGGCAUCGAGGAGGCCAGGCUGGAGCGGUGCUGCCUGCAGAAGCUGCUGCAGAGGCUGGAGGAGCUGGCCGAGCUGCACAACGAGGAGAAGCUGCAUCGGCACAGCGAGGUCAGCGGCCCCGUGGAGGACCCCUCGCGCUGGGGGCUCCUCAUGGACCGCCUGCGGGAGAUGGUGGACAACCCUCAGUCAGGGCUCCCCGGCAAGGUCUUCGCGUGCCUGUCCAUCCUCUUCGUGGCCACCACGGCGGUCAGCCUGUGCGUCAGCACCAUGCCCGACCUGAGGGCCGAGGAGGACAAGGGUGAAUGCUCUCAAAAGUGCUACUAUAUUUUCAUCGUGGAGACCAUCUGCGUGGCCUGGUUUUCCCUGGAGUUCUGCCUGCGGUUUGUCCAGGCCCGGAACAAGUGCCAGUUCUUCCAAGGGCCCCUGAACAUCAUCGACAUCCUGGCCAUCUCCCCAUAUUACGUGUCGCUCGCAGUAUCUGCUGAGCCCCAGGAGGACGGCGAGAGGCCAAGCGGGAGCUCCUAUCUGGAGAAGGUGGGGCUGGUUCUGCGCAUCUUGAGGGCGCUGCGCAUCCUGUACGUGAUGCGACUGGCCCGCCACUCGCUGGGGCUGCAGACGCUCGGGCUCACUGUGCGCCGCUGCACCCGCGAGUUCGGCCUGCUCCUCCUCUUCCUCUGCGUGGCCGUCACGCUCUUCUCCCCUCUGGUCUACAUGGCUGAGAAUGAGUCUGGGCGGGUCCUGGAGUUCACUAGCAUCCCGGCCUCCUAUUGGUGGGCCAUCAUCUCCAUGACGACGGUGGGCUACGGAGACAUGGUCCCACGCAGUGUGCCGGGCCAGAUGGUGGCUCUCAGCAGCAUUCUCAGUGGGAUCCUCAUCAUGGCUUUCCCAGCCACGUCCAUCUUCCACACCUUCUCCCAUUCCUACCUGGAGCUCAAGAAGGAGCAGGAGCAGGUCCAAGCUCGCCUCCGCAGCCUCCAGAACACCAAUACCGCCAGCGAACGCGAGCUCCUCAAUGACGUGGAUGACCCGAUCCUGGAAGGGCCUAUCUCGCCCAUCAACUACAUUUAA